CGACCAGACUGGAGAGGCUGGAGCGCCCCCUGAAGCCAUGGAGGACCUAAUCUCAGCCGCACCCCUGCCCAGGACCCAACACAGCAUCACAGAGGUCAGUGGGAACGCCGAACGCUGUCCUCAAGUCAGAGACAGAAUUUAAUUGUAACACAAAGGAUCUUACACACUGAGAGAUUGGGUCUGGUGAGACUGGGCUGUCCUCCUGCUCCCAGCUCAGAGUAUUUACCGGUAUUUCACCAGAGCCAGAGGACAGUUUAUUAUUUUGGUGAUGGUGACGCAUUACGCACUGGCAUUGAUGAUCUGUCUUGUUGUUUCACUGCAGAGAUAGAAAGGUAAGAACUGUGGGAUUAAGAUCAAGGUGUCAGAAACAAUAGUACUACUACAGAGUCCAAGAUACAGCAGACCACAAAAACUGAAAUUUACACCAAUUACUGCCGUCCCCCCCAAAAAAAAACAAUUGGAUCUUUUACCUAAUGCUGGUGCACUAAACAUUCGCAAAUUCCCAUUGGAACUCAGCCAAUUUGAAAGUGAAUGGCUUGUGCAAAAUGUCAUACCUUAAUUUCUCAUUUUACAAGAAUGAUAUACAGUGCAUUCGGAAAAUAUUCAGACCCCUUAACUUUUUCUACAUUUUGUUACGUUACAGCCUUUUUAUAAAAUGUAUUAAAUCGUUUUUUUCCCCUUCAUCAAUCUACACACAAUACCCCAUAAUGACAAAACAAAAACAGGUUGUUAGAAAUGUUUGCAAAAAAUAAACAAAUCAUUUAAAUUGAUAUCACAUUUACAUAAGUAUUCAGGCUCUUUACUCAGUACUUUGCUGAAGCACCUUUGGCAGCGAUUACAGCCUCGAGUCUUCUUGGGUUUGACGCUACCAGCAUGGCACACAUGUAUUUGGGGAGUUUCUCCCAUUCUUCUCUGCAGAUCCUCUCAAGCUCUGUCAGGUUGGAUGGGGAACGUCACUGCACAGCUAUUUUCAGGUCUCUCUAGAAAUGUUUGAUCGGGUUCAAGUCCGGGCUUUGGCUUGGCCACUCUCUAUACUUUGCUCAGUUCAUCUUUGCCUCGAUCCUGACUAGUCUCCCAGUCUCUGCCGCUGAAAAAUAUCCCCACAGCAUGAUGUUGCCACCACCAGGCUUCACCAUAGGGAUGGUGCCUCCAGACAUGACGAUUGGCAUUCAGGCCAAAUAAUUUAAUAUUGGUUUUUAUCAGACCAGAGUAUCUUGUUUCUCAUGGUCUCAGGAGUGGCUUCCAAUCUGAUCUGUGCUUCAACACAAUCCUGUCUUGGAGCUCUACAGACAAUUCCUUUGACCUCAUGGCUUGGUUUUUGCUCUGACAUGCACUGUCAACUGUGGGACCUUAUAUAGACAGGUGUGUGCCUUUCCAAAUCAUGUCCAAUCAAUUGAACUUACCACAGGUGGACUCCAAUCAAGUUGUAGAAACAUCAAAGAUGAUCAAUGGAAACAGGAUGCACCUGAGCUCAAUUUCGAGUCUCUUAGCAAAGGGUCUGAAUACUUAUGUAAACGAUGAGCAAGCUAAACGGAGCAUGUGGAGGAUGCAUACAAGGUAAUGUAGAUGGUGAAGGAAAUGCAUUGCUUUACAAUGACCAUCAGGGUGUACACUUUCCAUUCAUACUAAAUGUUUACACUUUUGGUAACUUGAGCUACACUGCAUACUCUAUGAAUAUGUCCAUAGCCCAUGAUUUAUGGACUUUAUGGGGGGAGAUUCUUAUGCUUUUGCCAGCAGUAAGAUUUGAGUUUGAUUUCAAAACAGACAAGGCCUGUAGUUUUCAAAUGAUAUGUCACUUUCUAUUUUCAGAUAAAAAUACAUGUUUGACCCCCACACUCACCGGGCCCUGUACAGGCCCCAAAACAAUCGCUCAGAGUUUAACAGGUUUAAAAUGAAUCACUAAUAACAUUAAAUAAAUACAAAUCUUCAGAAAUGACUUGGUGAAAGCAACAAUAUAACUAUGGCUUUAAAAUGAUGGUGAAAACUUGAAGAAGUGUUGGGGUUAAGUGGGUUAAAAUCUUCAAAGAAGUCUUUAUUCAUAUUAAACAUCUGAUUUAUAGACUUUUGCAUGUAGUCUAAUGUGGACUACUGAAGGGCACUUCAUUUUAUGUAACAAACCCAUGUGGUCUAUUUUAAAAGGCACUUCAUUUAAUAUAAUGGCCUUUUAAAAUGUAAUAUUUGUGCACAAUUUCUACUUAAAAGGGAUGCCAAAAGCACUCAUUUCAUAGAAUGACCCUUAUCAACAAUAAACAUUUAGUAAAUACACCUACACAUACCCACACACUAACAAACACAUACUGUACAUGUCAAAAUAAUUUAGUCAGGUUUGUCUGAUGAUGACUGUUGACUUAUCAUAGCUGACUUGUUUUUGCCCACAACAUCAUAUUUAUGUCCACCAUGAUGGGUUUAACAACAAUGAAGUCAUAAUGUAACUAUAGUAUAGGAUUCAAACUGAGUGGGGAUGGGUAAAUACUCCAUGAUUUAAGGGCCUUCCAGGUGGCGCAGUGGUCUACCUGUGUCACUAGAGAUUCUGGGUUCGAUUCCAGGCUCUGUCGCAGCCGGCCGCGACCAGGAGACCCAUGGGGCGGCGCACAGUUGGCCCAGCGCCGUCUGUGUUAGAGGAGGAUUUGGCCGGCAGGGAUGUCCUUGUCCCAGCGACUCCUGUGGCGUGCCGGGCGCAGUGCACACUGACACGGUAGACAGUGUGGUGAAGAAGGCGCAACAGCGCUACUUUAACCUCAGGAGUCUGAAGAAAUUUGGCUUGUCACCCAAAACCCUGACACACUUUUACAGAUACACAAUCGAGAGCAUCCUGUUGGGCUGUAUCACAGCCUGGUAUGGCAACUGCACCGCCCUCAACCGCAAGGCUCUCCAGAGUGUGGUGCCAUCUGCACAACGCAUCAUCAGGGGCAAACUACCUGCCCUCCAUGACACCUAUAGCACCCGAUGUCACAGGAUGGCCAAAAAGAUCAUCAAGGACAAUAACCACCCGAGCCACUGCCUGGUCACACCGCUAUCAUCCAGAAGGCGAGGAGGAGGAGGGUCCAGAGUUGCUGUUGGUGAAGGAGGAGAGGUGUGAGGAGGGUCUGGGGAACGCUGAUGGGACCAUGGUCAUGGAGGACAACCAGACUACACCUCCUCCUGAACCCACAGAGGAACCAGUUGAGCAGCACAGGACCACACACAGUCUCACUGAGUCAGUAGACAUGGAGGAAGGGAAGCCUGAUCUGCUGCUGGUCAAAAAGGAGACAAUAGAAGACGGACCAGAGAGUAUUGAUCUGCUGAGUGGACUAAAGAUGGGGGAGCAAGGUGGUUGGCUGGAGGCUAACAGAGGAGACUGGGUGGCAAUCUUGGAUUCCCAGACCCAGAUGGGUGCAGCCAAGGGCCCAGGGGAAGACAUCACUGAGCAGGGCAGGACCAGAGGCAACAUAGUGGAGUCUACAGUCCAUGAGGACCGGCUGAUAUCCGGUGUUGCUGGUGGGAGAGACUGGACCUCUGAAGCAGCUGGUCACAAACCCUGGCCCCUGAUCAGGACCCUGGAUCAGGAGCCGUCGCGCUUCCUUCCCAAGUCGGAACCAGGACUGAACCACGAGGGACAGAGACUCCACCACACAGAAAACAACCAGUGGACAGGUGGACUGAACAACCUCAGUCCUGGUGGUCAUCAGAGAGACAGAGGCUCCAGUCAGGGAUCCAGUCUGCAGCCCAGACCCUUCUCUUCACAGUCUCAGUGCAGGGAUGAAGCAGGGCCUGGGGCUGAUAGAGAUAGACCCUCAUGUUCCUAUGAUACAAACACCACAGUAUCCAUGAUGAACAGAGCAGGUCACCCUGGGCUUCAGCCUUCGUGGAGAGUGGUGGGAGACCCCCCUGGUGGUAGUCUUUCAGGAAGUAUGUCUUCUCCUUCAGAAUCUCAUCUAAUGCGCGGUGAAUGGGUUCAUAGAAGACCCGGACCUGGGUCUAGCUUUCCUCAGUUACCUCAUGGUUACCCCACCAAUACAGACAAGGUCAGGAUGGGCAUUCACCACAAGAGGUACUUAGCCUAUAACACAACACACAAUCCCAACAACACCCAAACAAUGACUAGAGGUCAAGGAGGGAGCUCAAAGACUAACCACCUGAGGGUGGUGACUCCUGCUUCCUCCUCCUCUGACGUCAUUGUGUCACAACAUGGGAAGUCGAGCAUUAGGACGGACUCCGACAAGCCGUAUGCCUGCCCCACGUGUGGGAAGCGCUUCACUGAGGCGACUUAUGUGAAGAGGCACCAGACCGUUCACACCAAGGAGAGGCCCUUCAAGUGCAAACUAUGUUACAAGAGCUUCUCCUUCCUGAGUAACCUUAUCAGACAUCGGAGUAUUCACAACGGGGAGAAAUCAUAGCAGUGGGGCUUUAGACGUACACAGGGGAUAUCUGGGAACCAUUCUUUAGCUGACAUAUUAUAGUUAUCACGUGAAGUGAUCUGGGAUAAGAGUUUUUUUUUGGUGAUGACUAAAUCCCUCAGUUGAGCAUCUGGGUGUGCUCACAUUCUAAGAUGAUAGACUUGUUUGGUGUGCUGGCAUAGCCAAAAUACUGUCAUUGAAGUGUAACUAUAUUCCCCCUGUGAAUUUCUCUUUGUCUAUGUUCUAUUCAUAACAAACAUAAUGUCCUUCUUUAUAACACCUUUAUAACACCCACUCCCCCAAAACAUUUGACAUAAUCAGGUGGUACCUGUUCCUUUAUGUACUAUAAAUAGGUGAUCAAAUCUGUUCAUAAAUAAAAAUUAAUGUUGUCCUUUUGA